UCGGGGCGCAUUUACAUAAAGAGGCAACUUAGGGUGAAUUUCUAUACGGAGUUCUGCUCUAUAUAGAUGUGGAGUGCAGCGCACUGGUCUCACUGCGUUACAUCCUUCUGCUGGAGGAGCUAAGAAGUACCGCAGAAAUGAAAAGGCUGAAGUGAAUUAAGGAGGUUACGAGAGAGGGAGACAGAGUAAGAGAAAGGGGGGAGAGAGAGAGAGAGAGAGAGAGAGAGGAAAACCCUGAUGUGCAUCGGAGCAAAGGGGAGUAUCCCGAGGUGAAGAGGAGAGAGAGGGAGCGGACAGAGAACAGGAGAGAGGGAUAAAUAGCAGAAGAGAGGAGGAGAAGGGAGAGGGGCAGCUGCAACCGAGGAUACCUGCACACAUCAAGAUAACGCGGGAGUUUAAUCUCAGUUAGAUGUCAGUCUAAUUAACGGUGCUGGUGACUGCGCCAAAACGCGCACUCAUUGGGGAUUUUCUCCGCCUGCACGUCCAACUUUUCUUUUUCUCCGCUUCACGGACUGACCCUCCUUCUCUCGCUCGCUGGCUCGUAUCAAGGCUCUCUGUUCAUCACUUGGAUCUCGACUCGGAUCUCCCGUACUGCAAACCGGAUCGCGUGUCUCAUCUGUGAUGGGGGCAGCGGCCGAGGUUGGGAGCUUCGCCAACGGAUUUCUGGACAGCUUUGGUGCCGCGGGUGCAGCGCAGGCUCCCGUUGGCUCUCAUUUCGUUCUCACCCCAGCCGGGGCGGUGGACUACAACUCGGUAACCGGACUGAUGAUGGGGGGCCAGGGGCAGCAGCAGGAGCAUCUCGUGUCCGCGGAGAGGCUGUCCCGGAGCCUGGCAGACCUCAGCCAUCUGAAGGGGAUUCUAAGGCGGCGGCAGCUCUACUGCAGGACCGGCUUCCAUCUGGAGAUCCGUCCCGACGGAACGGUGCAGGGCACCAGGAAGGACCACAGCAGAUUCGGUAUUCUGGAGUUCAUCAGUCUAGCUGUUGGACUGGUCAGCAUCAGAGGGGUGGACAGCGGCCUCUACCUCGCCAUGAACAGCAAGGGAGAACUGUAUGGAUCGGAGAAGCUGUCAGCAGAAUGUGUUUUUAGGGAGCAAUUUGAAGAAAAUUGGUACAACACCUACUCCUCCAACAUCUACCGGCAUGGAGAAAAAGGUGCAUUUUAUUUUGUUGCUCUGAACAAAGAUGGGACGUCCCGAGAUGGAACGCGGUCAAGGCGGCAUCAGAGGUUCACUCACUUCUUACCUAGACCCGUAGAUCCGGAUAGAGUACCAGAGCUGUACAGGGACAUACUGGGCCAGAGCUGA